AUGCCACUCAAAAUCGAUAUUUCCGACACUGCGAUUGAUCGCGAGGAAGAAGUCCACCAACUUCACAUGUGGGGAAUCCAAACAUCGCUGUGGAAGAACAAUUGCAUGACAUGCGGCCGCGAAACGGACGAAACCCAACGAAUUCGGUGCAACUGCGGCGAAGGCGUUUUCUGCAGCGAUGACUGCAAUACGCUUCGCCCGAGUGGCAACCACCGACGAGCUGUCGUUUUGCACAACGAUGAGCCUCAUCUCAGUCUGGUUUGGGCUGAAGUGCGGGAUGAUCAUUUAGUCAUUGACCAUCCGAGUCUUGAUAAAUGUUAUGGGUACCCUGGCAUCGGCGCAUCGUGGUUGGACCUGGCCGUGAUCAACCCGGCCUGUCCAAACGACGGCAACUUCCGAUACCUAGGCCACGGGUUGGUAAUGGCGUUCUCUUCGACGAUGAUGGACCCCGAUGUCACGAUUGACCCGAAAUGGCGAAAUAAGGCGGUUACAGACAUUGCUGGACCGGGAUAUCGCAACUUGUGGCCAGGCCCUUUGGUCUUCUUCUGCUACGGAUAUGACAUGAGUGACUACGUCAAGGUGGACAAUUUAGUGGAUCCUGCCGAUGGGUCCUCUAGCGGGCCGGAAGUUGGCAUGAGCAAACUAGAAAUCUGGAAUGAGCUGGACUCAUUGCGUUGGGAAAAGAAUCUCUUUGCGGCAGACGGAGAAGUUGAGGGUUGGGAGCCGGGGCGUGAUUUUAACAAGCGCAACGGGCACAAGACAUCUGAGAGGGGGGACAACUUUGGUUGGCGGUGGAAAGUCAAGGACGAGGGCACCUCAAUGCGCAUACUCGAUCUCACGCACCGCGACCUCAACGUCGUUUUCGACUAUCUCACCGGCUCCCGAAUGAAUGCUAUACCCUGUCUAGACGAAGAGCCCGAGCCUGACUACCAAGCCGUCCUUGUGCAAGACGCCAACCACCCAGGUUACGCCCUAAGCGACCUUUGGUCACAAUAUAAAUCUACAGCUCAAAUCGUCGCAAACGCCAACAUACGUUCCAGAGCUAAUGCCAGCUCAGGUCAAGGCGAAAUCGUCAGGUUCUCCUCCGUCGACCUUCCGGCGGGACCUUUGACCCUGCGUCCCAUCUUGGGCGCCUUCGCUGUCGGCCUUCGUUGGGUCGUCCAUUUCUCCAUGGACAUUAACCCUCCUUUUCGUGGCAACGUGUCCGGCAAACCACACUUUCCGCUCCUCGACCUGUGCUGGACGAUCGAACACCCAGACGACGAUUUCAACAGCCCACUCAAACCGACGUUACACAUCCCCGCGCACACCUUCGAUUCAGCCUUGAUCCGGCACUCAGAGGACCAAGUGCCGGUGUCGGUACAUCAUGUGCGCGCAUUGUACAAGUAUCUUCGACGCACCGACCCGCGUAAGUGGGCACGUAAGGGCCACAACGGGUUUGAGAAUUACUGGGAGGUGUAUUCGCGUGUGGAGGUCCGUGAUUCACCACCUGGUGUAAAGGUACCUGACCCGUGGGCUGGGGAACGCGAGCUGGACCCGGUCGCGCAGGUACAGAGAAGCGCAGGGAAGGUACUAGCUCACAUGUCGCUGCAAGGUCUAGAGGGAGAAACCCCGGAGCGAAAGGCGGGGAUUGUAAAGGUGCGAAAGAAGAUCUUGAAGGUGAUUGCGGGGUACCGGAAACUAGGCAUUGGGCAGGGGUAUAAUUUGGGAAAAUAG